UCGGUUAGGUGGCAACCUCAACAUGCUGUCAUUCUGAAUUAAAUGGCGCUGUUUUCCCAAGCAUUUUUAAUAAAGUAGCUGUCCAAAAAUGUCCAGUGAAAGUGAUCAGUAUUACAGCGACGAGGAGGAGAUUUCGGUGGUUAACAACACGAGCUCUGGGCGAUCAAGCAAAUCCUCGCGUCCCGUCAGCCAAAAUAGCAAGGGCGAUGGCGUGGUCAUAGAUGAAACGGAGUCGGAGGAGGAGUCCCAGCUGGUGGAGCAAUCGGGGGAAUCGGAGGAUACCGAGGAGGGGUCGGGCGACUCUGAGGACGACAUUGUCAGGCCGCCCGCCAGGAGCACCAAAAAGAAGCCACUGGGGAUAAGUUCCGAUACCGAGGAUGAGGAAGAAGAGCUGAACGACAGCGUGCAUUCACUCGCCAGAAUCACCAAGAAGAAGACACUGGCGAUCCCCUCGGAAAGCGAGGAUGACGACGAAGAGCUGGAACAACGCGCCCUGUCUCCCAGCACUCGCAUGAGCAUCACUGGCGUGCGUGUCGCCGACUUCAGCGAUGGCGACAGCGAGAUCGAGUACAGCGAUGAGAAGGAGGAGACGCCCCGGGCAGCCGCUACCGAAGAUCUUGUGCCGCGCUACACAACCCACUUCGCGGGCAAUAUCCAAGAGACCCUCCAUUCGACCCUCGGAGCUGCGGAUUUUGAGCCCCAAAACGACUCCAGUGGCAGUGACGUGCUCAUACUCAGCAACAGGGAGACACCCAUUGAGAUAUUAUCCAGUACGGAUGAAGAAGCCAGCUACAACAAAGAGAACAUGUCCGGCCCUCCGUUUAUGCGUCCUUCUAGGUCCUACUCGCCCAGGAGUAGCGCUGGCGCUCCAGUGGUUAAGACCACCAAAAAUCUCAGCCAGCCCACGAUACAGGCGGCUCUUAAGCAGAGGACUUCGCCCGGCGCACAACGUCGCUCGCGGGUUAAGACCGAGGACCAGAAGGUGGUCAGCCAGGCGGUCUACGAAGAGGAGAUACGCAAGCUGGCCGAAAAGCGUGUUCAGCUGUCCGACGCGGAAAAGUUGUUCGAAAAAGUGGCCCACAAGCUACCCGACAGAGGCAGCCAGAUUAGAAAACGCAUCGACAUUCUCCGCCAGGAGCUCGAAGGGGUUACUCAAUACGUGAGCGGACUAAAGGUGGAGCCGAGCAAGGUGCCCGCCAUCAAGGUGGUUAAGCCAGCAUUUAAUGCACCUAGAGCCCCAUUAGUCGACGCACCAGACUGGGACGAGUUGUCGGCGGCGGUCCAUCAGAUACAGCCCGUCUACACGGGAGCCCAGGGAAUGGCCACGUUCAAUAACCAGAAGGCAUUGACCCUUGAAUCUCUGAAGGACCUCCAUGGUUCACUGAAGGAUUGCCCUGGUCCCGAAGUACUGGCGGAGGAUCCCCAGGGCUUAAAAGUAACGCUUAUGGACCACCAAAAGCAUGCCUUAGCUUGGAUGUCGUGGCGCGAACGUCAGCUUCCUCGCGGAGGAAUUCUGGCUGACGACAUGGGCCUGGGCAAGACCUUGACCAUGAUCUCAUCCGUGCUGGCAUGCAAGAAUCGGCAGGAAAGGGGCGAGGGUGAAGAUCAUAGCAGUGACGAAGACGAUGACGAUGAUAAAAACAAAAAACGCAAAAGUACAGGCGGAUGGAGCUCAAAGGGUCGCAAGGACACCCACAAGGGUGGCACUUUGGUGGUGUGCCCGGCCAGCCUGUUGCGUCAGUGGGAGAGCGAAGUGGAAUCCAAGGUGGCCCGCCAUAAGCUGACCGUUUGCGUGCACCACGGCAACAACCGGGAGACCAAGGGCAAGCACCUUCGCACCUACGACAUCGUGGUGACAACAUACCAAAUUGUGGCACGGGAGCACAAGAAUUUGAGCGCCGUGUUUGGCGUUAAGUGGCGUCGAAUCAUCCUGGAUGAGGCUCAUGUGGUGCGCAACCACAAGUCGCAGUCAUCACUGGCAGUAAGCGAUUUGCGGGGAAAAUACCGUUGGGCGUUGACUGGUACUCCUAUCCAAAACAAGGAGCUCGAUGUGUACGCGCUGCUGAAGUUUCUGCGCUGCUCUCCUUUCGAUGAUUUGCACACAUGGAAGAAGUGGAUUGACAACAAGAGCGCUGGCGGUCAGAACCGCCUCAAUCUGCUGAUGAAGUCGCUAAUGCUGAGGCGCACCAAGGCACAGCUCCAGUUGGAUGGCAAGCUGAACAAUCUGCCCAACAAGGAGCUGCGCUUGAUGGAGAUUUCGCUGGGCACUGAAGAGAUGAAUGUUUACCAAACGGUGAUGACUUAUUCUAAGACCCUUUUUGCUCAGUUUCUCCAUCAGCGUGCCGAGAAGGACACGGACUUUAAUUACAGGAGCGAUGCCAACAAACCGACCUACAAUCAAAUUAAAGAUCCCAAUGGUGCAUACUAUAAAAUGCACGAAAAGUUCUCUAAAAUGGCCGGGAGCAAACGGGAGGUAAAGUCUCAUGAUAUUCUGGUGCUAUUGCUGCGCCUGCGGCAGAUUUGCUGUCAUCCCGGACUGAUUGACGCGAUGCUGGAUGGAGAAGAUGCCCAAAAUGUGGACGGGCACAGUAGUGACAGCGACUCGCCGGAAAUCGACUUGUUGGCACAACUCAAUAAACUGGCUAUCACAGACAACUCCACCGAAUCUCAGCCUUCUGCUGCCUUUGGAGGCGAUACCAGCCUUCCGCUGGGGGCAGAUGAAGCUCGUAUCGCCAAGGCUUCCAAGAAUCUCCUUAAGCGCACAAACCCGGUAUUUAAUCUAAACCGCCCUUCCUCAAAAAUAUCCCACGUGAUAAAAAUACUCAAAACAUCGAUUUUGAGGGGCACGGACGAUAAGGCCAUAGUGGUAUCGCAGUGGACAUCAGUGUUGGACAUUCUGCGCGAUCAUUUGCAUAAGGACAGUGUGCCGACCCUGUCGCUGAAUGGAUCCAUUCCGGUGAAAAACCGACAGGACAUUGUGAACCAGUUCAACGACCCGAAAAAUCCAAAGCGCGUUCUUUUGCUAUCCCUCACUGCUGGCGGUGUGGGUUUGAACUUAAUUGGGGCCAAUCACUUACUGCUCUUGGACCUCCACUGGAAUCCCCAGUUGGAGGCUCAGGCCCAGGACCGAAUCUACCGCGUUGGCCAAAAAAAAGACGUAAUCAUCUACAAGUUCAUGUGCGUGGACACUGUUGAGCAGCGAAUCAAAGCCCUGCAAGAUAAGAAGUUGGAGCUUGCAAAUGGCGUCCUUACAGGCUCCACAGUUAGUUCCAAACUCACCAUAGACGACCUUAAAGGUCUGUUUGGAAUGUGACCUUCAUACGGCUGUUCAAUUUUUAUAAUUUUACUUGUCGUUCCAUGUAAGCAUUUCGAAAAAACCGCUUU